AUGGAACGAGCCGGCCAGCAGUAUGGGCGGGUGGCGUACUGUCCCUACAGUGAUUCCAGCUCAUCCGAGCUCCAGUCUUACGUACGACCGUUCGACACGGUGCGGGCACUGCACGAGACAGUUGUUUCGCUACGGACGGCUCUGGAGGAGUCCCGCCGGGAGGUGGAUCAGUUGCGCCAGCAGAUCAGUGUUCGUGAAACGGUUGAGCAAGGCCGAUCCUCCGCGAAACACGCCAACGAACCGUUCAAAGGUGUAGCUGCGAAGGAGCGAAACCGUUCGGCAACACCGGUCCAGAACCGUUCCGAACAGCCACGUCAAGCACGUGAGGAAUUGCAAACACAGUCCAAUCUCCACACAAGUCGGGAAACGAUCGAAGAGGAAACUCUUCGCGCAAACUUAGAUGGAGAUAGGAAACCCAAAAGGUUGCAUAAGAAACGCAAAACCAAAUCUCACCAAACGCUAGAAACGAGCUGUUCUGCGUCUACGGUUGCGGGAAGUCAGGAGGGGUUAGCCGACGUUAACGAAAAAGAUUCAGCUCGUGCAAAGAAAUCGUCGGGACGGGAUGCUACUGCGACGGCAGCGCACCAGAAGGUCUGCGUAGUUCCCGACAUACAGAUAGUCUCGCAUCCCGGCACAGGCUCAAACUCCGGCGCGAUGGCUUCGCGGAUAGAUGUCAAGAUAAAAGUGUCAUCCAACAUCAACAUGGACGACGGUAGCUCGGAGGUGGAGAGCUCAGAGGACACAAAAGACGGCUCUCAGCCACCGGAAGCACCGGAAGAGGCAGACGAUACGCACGGUUCCGUCGACCAGACGCCGGAAGAUGAAGAGAAAACGAUAGCAAACGAUGCCAAUACGGAGGGUGAGGGAGGGGGGUUACACGUGCGCGCGGUCAACGAGGAACAGCUGACCGUGGGCAAGAGUUCCGAGGCAAUCAGCGUGCGUCAGGUGUCGUCGGAAAAUUUGCACGUCGAUACCGAUCGCCAAUCGAACGCAUCCAUCUCUGAGGGUGACAACUCGGUGUUCGCUGAAGAUCCGGCUCCUCUUACGGGGACAGUGGAAACUCCGACGGAUGGUGAUGGGCGACGAAGGGACCCACCCGUUACCGGUAGCUACUCGGUGUCGGAUCCGACGGACGAGUCUCAACGGCAGAGGAUAAAGAAAAGUGAGUCCGAGAACCAGGAAGAGGUGGACGACAUCGAGCUGAUCUUCUCUUCCGAUGACAACGCCAAGGACAUCAUUCAGGAGGAUCUGGUGUCGAUCUCGGACUACGAACCGUGGCACGAGGCAGGACAGUCCGGUACGCCGGUGCUCGUGAGCUUCACGCACCUAUCGUCGGACCGGGAGAAGGGAAGUUCGCUAGAGCGCAGCGAUAGUGAGGUAGUGGCCGAGGGUUACGAAUCGCUGGCGAAGGGCAAGAGCCUCGAGAGUCAGGACUCGCUCAGCUUGGACAACAUGAAAAAGAGUUUGGACUUUAGCACGAAAUCGUCGAGCUUGGAGAAGGACUCAAGCUUGGACUAUGGCGCUCCAGGAGGCGUUGCUGGCGGUGCGGGUUCCGGCUCGAAUGGGGAAGGUACGGCGCAGGAUGACAGCUUCGAUGUCGGCGGCAUCAAUUCCCUGGCGGCGUCCGGUGCCCUGGGACGUCGCUGGACCAACUUCAACGUGCUGAUCGAGACGGACAUCUCCAAGUGCGGUAUCACCGAGGAGAACAUUCUGGAGAUGGGUCGUCGGAACACCUGUCCGAAUCCGCCCGCCUACCGACCCAUCAUCCACCAGGGUAGCCGCAUGCAACCGUCCGGAUCGUCCAACCGGAGCCCACUGGCGGUAAAAUUUUCCCGCUCACCGCGAACCUACUCCCCGCAUCAGUAUCUUCCGCCGGGGAAAACGCUGCGCACGGUGAUCGCCGCCGAGAGUGGCGUCCGCGGGGCGGCCGGGGACGAAGUGAAACGUUCCCGUGCGGCACAGACCGACAUCUCCGCCCUGGCGCAGCAAUGGCGCUCGGAAACCCAUCUGGCCGGUUCCGAGUUCGUCCCGGGGCUGUACACACUGCCGUCGAAGUUCGUGCCACCGGCCCCCGGUGGGAAAGGUAAAUUCCCACUCAGACCGUCCGACAAGACGCAGGAAGCGCGCCGGGUGCUGCUGAGCGACAUUAACUUCACCAGCAUGGUGCCCGAGCUGUCCCGGUCGGCCGACCAUCUUUGCCAGCAUCAGCAGGACGAGAACGGCGACCCGAACCGGUCACCCAACUACUGCAAAGGAAACCUGCUAAGGACGCCGGAGGCCACCAAAGGGAUUCCACCAAGCUUCAGCAUGACCUCACCCGGCGUCUCCCAGUGGACGGUGAACGAGAGCAGCAUCGCGACCCAGACGACGCAGACGGACGCCUUCUGGACCAACCGGGGCGACUCGUUCGACUCGUCCAAGAGCUACUCGGCCAGCUCGCGCUACUCCACACUCAGCAAGCACCACCGGUCCCGGAGCGUUCCGUCGAUGCGGUGCGCCAUCUGCCGGCAGACGCACCAGAACACGGCCCUGCGCCCUUCGGAGAGCAUGCACUACACGCCGCGAGUCACGUUCCAGGAGCAGCCGAUGCACAAGAUCCGCGGAUCGCUGCCCGACCUGCGCCACGAUUGCAACUGUCCGCGCCGGUACGGUGGGCCCUCGCUCUACCGGAUCCAUGGCGACUCGGGUGGCUCCACAGACAGCCUGCUGGAGGAGGCGGAGGAGUUCUUGCGGAGGUCGCUCGAAGGAGGCACCAUGCUCGCAAUGGAGGACACCCCUGGGCAACCGGUGGACGUCGGCGUACCACCGCCGGCAACUGCAGGCCUGCUGCCACACGGAGCAUUCCACGGACACGCGAUCGGUGGCCAUCCACAGUAUGCGCACCUUCCGCAUCCGCACCCGUCGGCCAAACAUCGACGUUGCUCGGAAAACGACAUUCAGCGGGAUUUUAUACCCUCCAAACAAGCGCUGCCAUUUCUGCCAAAAACGCCCAAAUGUCUCAAGCCAGGCCAUCUGGCGAAGGUCAUCUCGCGGAAUGGGCGCGUCGUCGUCGGCCGAGUGCGCUACAUCGGCCCACUGGCCGGCUCCGACACCGACGACAGUUACGUGGGUCUGCAGCUACCGAACAACUUGGGCGAUUGCGAUGGAACCAUCGAUGGGAAACGCUUUUUUGACUGCGAACCACUGCAUGGCAUUUUCGUGCCGUUCAAGAAGGUUGUCAUGGCGUGGAAUGCAUAA